AUGUUAAUGUCUUCUGAUAAAGAAAAGGACCCAGAUGUUAUUUCUGAAGAUAGCAGUCUGCUGACUCUUCGAAUCAGAAAGAAGGCGUUAGAGAGGAGAGAAGAAACGAUUGUGGUGGAUCGGGCUUGCAGACAGGAGACUCUUGCCUAUGAGAUGGAGUCACAUGCAAUUGGAAAGAGGCCAGACAAUCCAGCAGAUCUAGUUGAGGAGGGAGAACUGCUUUUAACUCUGAACAUCUUCUAUCCUGUCAUAUUUCAGAAGCACAAAGAUCACAAACCUUAUCAGACAGUCCUCGUACUGGGCAGCCAGAAGCUCACCGAGCUGAGAGACUCAAUUUCCUGUGUCAGUGACUUCCAGAUCGGUGGCGAGUUCAGCAGUCAGCCAGAUCAAGCACCAGAGCACAUCAGCAAGGAUCUCUACAAAUCCGCUUUCUUUUAUUUUGAAGGCAUCUUUUAUAAUGAUAAAAGAUACCCAGAGUGCAGAGACCUGAGCAGAACAAUUAUUGAGUGGUCAGAAUCUCAUGACAGAGGCUAUGGAAAUCUUCAGUCUGUUAAAAUGGAGGACUACACAUUUAAUGAUCUGUCCCUCAAAAUUGGCUUUCCAUACCUUUUCUGCCACCAAGGGAACUGUGAGCACAUCAUUAUCAUAACAGAUAUAAGGCUCAUUCAUCAUGAUGACUGCCUGGACAGAAACCUCUACCCCUUGCUAAUCAAGAAACACUGGUUAUGUACCAGAAAAUGUUUUGUGUGCAAAAUGUACACAGCCAGGUGGGUAACCAACAGCGACAGCCUGGCACCAGAGGAUCCGUGCUUCUUCUGCGAUGUUUGUUUUCGUAUGCUCCAUUAUGAUGCAGAAGGCAAUAAGCUGGGAGAGUUUCUUGCAUAUCCUUAUGUUGAUCCUGGGAUUUUCAACUGAAACUGAGGUGAGACAGAAUGAAUUCAGUGAGCUACACUGGUGAAUCUGCUGCUCUGGCUGUUAAAAACACCAGACAGCUUGAGUUUUGAGCAUACUGCUGGGUUUCAGGUUAGGCUUUUAACCCUCUCCCCUGAGGUGGAAGGAGC